AAUGUGGUUGAGGCAACAUUCACCCAACAUCUGAAUUGUAUUCCCGCUGUAUCUCUGACGACCAAAUUCUACUUACAGGCAUCAGAUGACUGGAGCCUCACAGAUAGCUGACCAUCCCCAGUGCCCACCUAAAGGCAAGAUGUGAUGUGAAGCAACAGUGAUGAGUAGAGGGCUCCCACAGUGACAUCAAGAUAACAGCACUGCUGGUUCUGGACGUGGCUUGCUCUGCUUGAAUGACAAACAAUUGUGAUGUGCUUUCAGGUCUAGUUCUCGAUUUUUGAGAAAACUGCUGUUGAAUGAAGGCAUCAGAAAUUGACCAAACAGGACUCGCCCCAAUCACUCGACAAACUGGGCCGUAGUUGGCGCGUUCACAUGGCACCUCAUGGCACAUUGCCUGACAAUGAUCAUUGAUUGAACAGAAGGGGCUCAAAAGAAUGUCGACAGGCUUUUCUCGCUCGAGAUCAGGAAAUUUGGGGGUUUUGAAUCCACACCAGACGAUUACAACCUUCUUGAACGUGGAUCACUUGGACCCAUGGUCAUUGCCAUCACAUCACUAUCGGUUGAGGCGUGAUGCCCGUGAAAAAGUUGAUUGUCAAACUGCAAUAGAAUGAGAAGCGUGAAAUUCGAUGGUGGUCAUGAAGAUAUCAUGGA